AUGUUCCCGAGCAGCUUGAGCAGCGCCGACCCGACCACGCGCGAUCCGGCCCCAAGUUCGACCACGCGCAAUCGGACCGAUUCGUUCGCCAUGACCGCCGCCAAUGCGCUCGGCCCUUGUCCUUUCUCAUCUUCUUCCUCAUCAUCGAAUUCCAUUAUGACAGGAAGUCGGAGAAGAUCCGCCUCAGCAGCGAUGGACAAUCUUCCCCUCGAUGCCCCACCUUCGUUGCUCAUCCAGUCCGAAAUCUUGGCUCGACUCGCCCACGGUCCGACCUUGUUACCAAGUUCUCUCGCGCAUCUCAUCUCGGCCAUCUCGGUCUGUUCGAGGGUAUCGAUCCGUUCGGCCGCUCUGUUCAUCGAGGCAAUCCUUGAGAGUAUUCGACAGGGGACCACGGCAGGCCUGGGAUUGACGAGGAGGGCUCUGAUUAGUGCUGUCGCGAGCGCGAGGACGUUGCACUAUGUCGCCAACGGUCUCGAUUGGGAUGGCAGGAAUGCUCAGGGGGAACGGGAUAUCGGUCUCUAUCUCGGCCUACUCGAUCGAUACACAAAUCUCGGAAUUUAUGUUGUCAGUAUUUUCGAUGAUCGUUAUGCAACUCGUCAUCGUACCCACCUUGCACACCCUAUCGCGCACAGAUCAACCACACCUUCACCCUAGCCGAGCUCUUCUCCCUCGCCGGCCUCUCCCUGACCAUGUCAACGACUUCGCUCGCCUUUGCGACCGCCGAAGAAUCAGUCCGCAUGCUCGAUUCCCUUCUUGGAUCAGGCGAGACGUCGCGAGCUUUGUCGGCCAUCAUCGCGCUCGUGAGGACGGAGAUGGCGGAGGAUCCGAAUUUCAAGAUCAUUGAUGAUGGGGUCAUCUCGACUUUGGCAUUGUUGACCAAGACGCUGACGGCUUUUGUGUGUUUACAAGUGAGUCCCACAUGUGAAUCUCACCUGUUGCAUAGAUUGUUUUCUAUGGUGUUCAUGUUUCGUUUCGUCCGGUUUGAACAGGCCGCCACGAGCAAGCGCACGGCCAAGGAGAUGAGGAUGCGCGUCGUGUACGAUUGCACCGUCGUUGCCGAAGGUGAAGAGACGAUCACGGGGUACGUUCCCUUUCCUACGACAACGCAAGGGUCUGCCGACGAGCAUUCCUCGGCACACGCAUUGGAGGAUCACUACGUCCGCGAACAUCGACGAUCGAGGGCUUCGAGUAUCGAGCUCGCUGGCCAAGAGCUUAGACGGGACCCGCACGGUAGUCUGCUCGGGUCGACCAGUCCGAGGUUGAUGAGAAGUCGGACCAAAUCUGUUGGUUACGAGAAUAUCGAUGUACAGCGGAAAGAGAGGGAAGAGAGGGAAGAGGAGACGGAGAUCGUCGAGGAGUUGAACGAGUUGUGUGGUCUCGAUCAGGAUCAGACGGCGUUUGAGUCAGAUCAAGUUGAAGCCGACGAUGCCGUCGCCAAGUUGCCGCCCGAGGUUAGUGCGGCGCUUGAGGAGUUGAAGCAUUCCGCCGCGGGCAAGACGAUCGUCACUUCUUCUAUGGGGUCACACUAUGAGGUUGAAGUGACAGAGACCACGACGACCACUACGACGACGGUCAGGGCGACUGCGUCGACGAUGGGAGGGGACGGCUACUCUACCCGUACGCUCUCGAGGAGGACCGCACCGCGUACACGACCCUUGUCUUCAAUUUUCCAGAUCGCCGUGCCGCAGGCUUCGGACGUCGAGGAAGGUGAUGUAUCCAUGGACGAAGCCGGAGAUUCUAGUCCUGGUAGCUCGAGUGAUGAGUGGGUCGACGUCGGCAAACAAUCACCCAAGCAGCAGCCCGACGACGUCUUUGGGCCCGAGGAAUCGGUCGCGGCCGGUCCCGAGGAGGAGGGCUCUCGUAACGCCAAACUACAAGUCGUGUUCCGAACGAUGACGAGCAAGUUCACGAAACGUAAACGUACCUUUCGUCGAGUUGAUCACAAGGAGACGGUCACGACAACUUCGACAUCGAUUCCGUCGUCGGGUGAGAGCACACCUCGUCCAAGACGUAUUGCGGUGAGCAGCGAGGUCGAGGAGCCAUGUUCGCCUGAUUCUGCUGCGAGUCGCAAGAGCCCUGGGCGGAUCUUGAAGGCGUUAGGGAAGGCGCUCAUGUGCAACCCCUCGGUCGAAAACGUCUCUUCGUCGUCGCCACCCAUGUCAAGUCGGAGCUCCCGAACGAUGUCGAGGGAGUCGACGCACUCUGCCGGGUCUACCGAGCAAGUGUCGAGACUGCCGUCGACACCGCCUAGGAUGUCUGGCAUGACAACUUUGGCUCAAAUCAACGACAUGAGGUCUCCUACUGCUUCCUGUGCGUCGUCUAGGAGGCCAUCGCUCUCGGAUCUGGCUAUCACCUCACGGAGAGGUUCGAAAGCCCCUCUCGAGCCUCUGAAUCUAACAGGGGCUCAAGUGCCGACUCAUACCUCGACCAGCUCAGCCCCCGUCCCCAAGCUGCGACGCGCCGAAUCGAUGGUCUCGAUCGUCACGACAUGCAAGCACUCGCAAGCGACGCCGAUGGAGGAACCUGAACCCAAGGCGUCAAACUUCCCUCGCCAACACCUCGUCGCGAACCUGCAACGCUUCAUGCGAUACUCGUCAGCCGCGUAUGGGCAAGCCUUCUUGCGAAUUCUUGGGCUCGGCAAAUCCCGCGGUCUCGACUUUUCGUUCCCCAAUACUAAAAGCCAUGCCAACAGUCAUGCCUUUGCGCACCAUGUUGGCAUCCCCGUCGAUGAUAUCCUGCUCGACUCGUAUACGACACCUGGGGGUGGCAUCUUUGACAACCACCGGAUCUCGCCCAUCGUCACCUACCUCGCCGUCGAUCACGAGAUGAAGGCGAUCGUGCUCAGUUGUCGCGGAUCGCUCGGCCUGUCCGACGUGCUCGUCGAUCUUGUGUGCUCUUAUGAGCAGAUACAUGUUCCCGAUGGCGAUCCCAUGGCGUUGUAUCAAGUACACGCGGGUAUGUGGCACGCUGCAACGCGAUUGCAGCGUGGGUUGGUGCACAAGACGAUCAAGGAGGCGCUUGAGCAGUAUCCUUCUUAUGGCUUGGUACUUACCGGCCACAGGUGAGCCGCACUACAGUUUCAGGGUCUUGGAAACUGCCGCUGAGAUAUUGCGUGAUGGUCACAGUCUCGGUGGUGGCGUGUCAUCCCUCCUCUCGUUGUUGUGGUCCACACCCUCGCACGUCUUCGAGCGCAAUCGCCGCCCCGUCGACAUCGGUCGCCACCCACCCAUCCAUACGCCCUUCGUCACGUCGUUUGCUUCAGGUCUUCCCGCCGGUCGACCGAUCCAUUGUUACGUCUUUGGUCCCCCUUGCGUCGCCUCCCCCGACUUGGGUCGCUAUUGCCAAGGUUUGGUCACCUCAACCACGCACAACAACGAUGUCGUCCCGACGCUCUCGAUCGGCUCCUUGCGUGACUUGAAGACGAUGGCGAUGAACUUGCAUGAAGAUGGAGGGACAGGGACGACGCGCGAGAUCAUCGGUCGAGUGUGUGGGAUUUACCAACGCAAAAUCGCACUCGCGACGUCGGAACGACUUUACCGAGGCCUGCCGGGUGGAUCGGAGAAGGAGACCCCUUCGCUUCACGACGUCUCGGACGAAGCGCGCUUGGUUGCCCUGACCAAAGCGGAGAUCAGGGCGGGGAGGGGCAAGAACCGCGCCCUUGAUCCGGCGUAUUGUGAUCCGACGUUGUUACAAGAGUCGGAGGACCCUGAAGAUGUCGUCGUCAAUGAUUACUUGUGGUCCGUCAUGCGCACGUUGCGCGCUGAUAACGAUAAUGACAAGUUAUAUCCGCCCGGUGAGUCUCCGAAUGGAGCAAUUGGUUCUCUUCGCUUUACUGACAGCCGCGUCUUCGAUCAUCCGACGCAGGCAAUGUGUUUGUGGUGGAGAACUACACCGUCUUCAUCUCCUCCGAAUCAAGGCCAGGCCAAUACGCUCGACGCGAAGGACGCCGCAUCCUGCUGCGCGCGGUCGACAACGUUGAGAAACGGUUCGCCGAACCCGUGUUUGGCAAGACCCGUAAGUCUCCUCAUCUUCGUUACAAGUAGAUCGGUCGGAUCAGAGCUGACCGUCCGUGGGCACAUUCAUCUCCCUUUAGUCUUCAUGGACCAUUCCCCGACAGGCUACGAGGAGAACGUCGACCUCCUCGCAAGAGCCGUCCUUGGCUAA